AUGAGUCUACCAUCCGGAAUAGUACCCUGCAAGUCGCCAUACGAUGGACAAGCCCUCAAGCCCUGCGAGAUUCGCUUACUCACCAUAAUUUGGACGACCUCAAACGAAUUCAAACUCCAGACAGAGUGCCAUACGCUGACUGGUGACCUCGAAUUUGAUGCCAUCUCGUAUGUGUGGGGCACUUCACCUGCAUCUGUGGCCAUUACAUGCAACGAUGCUGUCCUGGCGAUUACUCCGACUGCUUUUGAGAUGCUGGGAUAUUUAUACCUAUUCAAACCGGAGCCAAAACGGCCCAUCUGGAUCGACGCUAUCUGCAUAUAUCUCGAUCGACCCGUAAGCAUAGCCUUCAAAAAGUAAAGGUCAACCCCCAUUGAUAAUUGAGGUCUUUGCUUCUCUAGUACAGUAGUUUAGCCAUACCAAGACAGAUGCAAUGA